GAUCGCGCCCAGCCGCCGCCGCCCGGUUGCCACAGCGACGCCUUCGCGCCGAGGCUCGCGCGCCUCCCGGAGGCCAGCGCUGCCCGCGGAACCGGCCGAACGGCCGGGGCGCGGCGCGGGGACGCUCGCAGGACGGUCGGCGGCGCCGCGCGGCGGGAAGAGCAGCCACUCAGCAUGGAGAGCGGCACCGGCGCGGCAUCCACACCCAGAGCGCUGUCUUACUACGUGGCCUUCUCCCAGCUGCUGGGCCUGACUGUGGUGGCCAUGACCGGCGCGUGGCUCGGUCUGUACCGGGGUGGCAUCGCCUGGAAGAGUGCCCUGCAGUUCAAUGUGCACCCGCUCUGCAUGGUCAUAGGCCUGGUCUUCCUGCAGGGGGACGCCCUGCUGGUUUACCGUGUCUUUAGGAACGAGGCCAAACGCACAACCAAGGUCCUGCACGGGUUGCUGCACGUCUUUGCCUUCAUCAUCGCCCUGGUCGGCUUGGUGGCAGUGUUCGACUACCACAAGAAGAAAGGCUACGCUGACAUGUACAGCCUGCACAGCUGGUGUGGGAUCCUCGUCUUUGUCCUUUACUUUGUGCAGUGGAUUGUGGGCUUCAGCUUCUUCCUGUUCCCUGGAGCUUCAUUUUCUCUGCGGAGUCGCUACCGCCCACAGCACAUCUUCUUUGGUGCCGCCAUCUUCCUCCUCUCUGUGGGCACAGCCCUGCUGGGCCUGAAGGAGGCGCUGCUGUUUAAACUGGGGACCAAGUACAGCACGUUUGAGCCCGAGGGUGUCCUGGCCAACGUGCUGGGCUUGCUGCUGGCCUGCUUCGGCGGCGUUGUGCUCUACAUCCUGACCCGGGCCGAGUGGAAGCGGCCUUCCCAGGCUGAGGAACAGGCUCUCUCCAUGGACUUCAAGACGCUGACAGAGGGGGACAGCCCCAGCUCCCAGUGACAGCCUGCUCCUGUCCUGUGGAGGGGCCUGGUGGUGGAGGCUCCUUCAGUUCUGUGGGGGCUCCAAAGGUGUCUGUUAGCCCACACCCUGCUGAGGCUGGCUGUCCUUGUCCUCAGUAUUGCGGCUCCCAGGGAGGGGCUCAGGCAGGGUGCGUGGGGAGCGUGGGUGCAGCUGUGUCUAUUUUAGUUAUUUCCUGCAUAGGGCUUGUCCUCUGCUUUCCUUUCUUACUGCUGCUGUGAACAGUCUGGUUAGCCGUGUGUAGCCCUGUGUCCCUUUGCCCCCUCCAACGCAGCAGGAUUUGGGGGGGUCAGUUCUGGUCACAGAGGGCUUUGGGUGGUCAGUCCUGGUGACAGAGGCACAGACCCCAAUAAGCAGCUGGGGAGUGGUUCCCCCCUCAAGGCAGCAGGGGCCUGGGGUAAAGCCAGUGAAACUGCAGGGCCUCAGGGACAGGCCUGGAGGAGCUAAGACUGUGUAACGCCCAAUUUAGACCAGGAGUCCUAGCUGAAUAGCACAUAGUCCAUAUGGGCCUGGUCCUUGGCAGUGGAGCUAGUGAUGUUUUGUGUAAAGUCUGUUGGUGUUCAGAGCAAGGGUCCCCAGGACAGGGAGAGGACUGGCCCGUGGGAAACAUUGGAGAUGUGGCUUUGGCUCAGCUGCAGUCGUAACCCUUGAGUCCCAGGAUGGCCAUCCUGGGAGAGGGGAUAGAAGCCCGUGACUCAGACAAACAUCCCCGGGCAGACGAAGGCAGUCUGAACAGGAGGCUCUGGGCGGUGGGGUAUCUUGUGGCCCCCUGCUACAGGGGACCCUCCUGCCCUACUUCUCAGCUUGGUCUCCUCUCCAGGCUGCCUCAGGCACUGUUCAGGCUGGGAGGUGAGGGGCACAAACCUCAUUUUUUAAAUAAACAGUUGCUGCUGCUUCCUCCUUUAGAUAGAGCUCUCCUGUUGGAGCUGUCUGCUCUGUCUUGGAGGACCAGUCUUUUCUCUUACCAGGUGCCCAUCUGCGCAGGAAGUUGAGACAGAGUCAGAAUCUGACAUCUCUCCAACUUCAUGAAAUGUGUUGUUAGUUGAGUCACCGUUUGACUUCAGUCUAGAACUAAUGUGAUUUGAGCAUUGAUCUCAUGCUUCUUAGGUUUGGCAAAUGCUUUCUCCUUGUUUUCUAGGCUUUGAAGAGCCUGACACAGUUUGAGACAGACACAGUUUACUUAAGUGAAGAAAUUAAUAAAAUUUUCAAAUCUGA